CCACUGAAAUUGCUACCGCUCCACGAGAGCGAGGUGUAUACAACUAUAAUUUCUGGAACAUUCAAAACGGUAGUCAAGCAAACCUUUGUUAACUCUGUGUCAUCGGAAGGUGGUCAAAGUUGCGAAUACUCGUUUCCCGUUUACGAUAAUAUUAGUGUUGUUGGCUUUUAAUCGUAAAGUUGGCACGAAAUGUCUCUACGGUUUUGUGAAGGAGAAAAAAUCAAGCAGACGUCAUUUCCGAUGCUGCAGCGGCUAAGGACGAAACUGCCGGCAUUCUCGCACAGAACUCAUUGGGUCCGGUCUUUAUCGCAUGAAAAUUGGUAUUGUCCUGGCAGGAGAACGUGUUUCUGUCGAGAUUACUUAUAUUGGGGAGUUAAAGCAAGAUGUCGAUGGCAUUCACUUCAGCAUUCCAAUUUGGGUUGCUCCUCGUUAUAUUCUCAAUAGCCUCGUUAAGCAUCGAUCUGCCGCUGACUCAGUUACAAGUCCCAUCGAUCAUACCAUCCGAACUAAGAUAGCCGUGGAUGUAAUUUUACCAGAAGGAAAAAUUAUCGAAGGGAUUGAGUCACCAUCGCAUAUGAUUGCAGUACCUAUAGGAGCCAUUUCAACUGCUACCCAAGAAGUUCCAAAGACCAAUAGGGCGUCUACGAACCUGCCACACAUAAUAGCUGGUUUGGAGGAAGAUUUCAUUUUAGCCAUAAAGUCGAACGAUGAAGGGAUAACUUACGCCCUUUUGGAAACUCACUCCACGAUUUCGAGUCAUCGAGCCCUGACUGUAUCGUUUAUCACACAGUUUUCUCCUCAAGAUUCGCCAUCACCAUCAGAGAUUGUAUUUAUUGCUGACUGCAACAACAAUCUAAAAGACGACGUUCCUAUGCUCAUCUCGGCUUUGAAAGUAUUUUUCAAGUCACUCCCAAUAAAUGUUAAAUUUAAUAUUUGCUCUUACAGAACAAGAAUCGACUUCUUAUGGCCUCAGAGCAAGGACUACAGUAGCGAAACCCUUCAAGAAGCUAUGCAAUAUACAGCGACAUUACGUACAAGCUAUGGAGGAAUAGAUACAUUCAAGGUAAUUCAAGCUACUAUUGAAAGUCGAUUACCUGAGAUACCGCUGGAAAUCAUUCUCCUUACUGGUAGGGACGUCAGAAAGCAAAUACCUCUUAUUUCUUAUGUCGGUGAGCAGGUGGAGAAAGCAGAAAGACACAUUCGAAUCUUUUGCCUUGGAGUUGGUAAUGCUAUUUUACUUUCGACGAUUGAAAGAAUCUCAGGAGUAGGGAAUGGGCUUUCUCAACGUGUACAGAGUGGAAAGCGAUUAGACACAAGUGUCAUUCACAUGCUUCGCGGAGCACUUAACCCACACAUCGGAGAUGCUACACUUGAGAUCAAGUACGCAGAAGAUGACGGCUUCGAGUUAGUUGAUAAGGUUACGGACAAAUUUGAAAUUCUGCACUCCGAGCACAAAGACUUCAACACCUCUUUACCAGUGCCUGGCUCCAACAGUAAAGAUGCCGAUGUAUGGGAAACUUGCUGUCCACAAUCAUCCAGGCUCCAGAUAGAAUACAUGGUCUUUUUGCAGGCGCUAGAACAACUUUAUAUCUUCUUAUAUGUCCAAGAAAGAUACAGAGAAACCCGAUAUCUUUUACUCUACGCAGCUCGUUGUCUGACGGGCCACCAAUUCUCGAAAUUUCAAUUCAAAUGCUCCCAGAAAAAGGCCCAACGAUUCAUCAACUUGCAGCCCGGAAGGCAAUGGAAGACCUUGAAGGGUCCCAAGAAUGGACGUACAACCAGACAACUUCUGAAACUCAAAGCUUCGCCGAGAAAGAAAGCGAGACAUUCCAAGUCAUGAAAAAAUGGUGUUCGUUCGACAGAAAAGCAGCCCGACCAUGCCUACGAGACGCGAACUCAAGAUGGAUCAUCAUACCAUGUCCAAGCCCCUUGGAACCCCCAGAAACGAAACCAGAUCCAGCUUCCAUAGCCGCUAUCAAUGCUAGGUGUCCGGAUAGACGCCCAAUGUGGAGACCAUCUGGGGCGAUGUUACGAACACUCCAUCCAUCUAAUCCAUCCGCCAGUCCUGGAAUGCAACCAAGUCAAAUAAAACCACCUACACCUGUCGUUUUUCCAAAUCCCAACACGACGAAAUGGCUCGCUUUAAUCGAUCUGCAAUCUUUCGACGGUUCGUGGGAUGCGCAUGCCCUUCAUCUAUCCCAGAAUUCGAGAUACCUAAACUAGGGCCGUCACAGGUUAUAGACGAGGAUAUUUGGGUCACGAUGCUGGUGGUCCGGUUUUUGGAAGUUCGUAUACCGGAGGAGAAAAAUGUGUGGUGCUUAGUUGUGGAGAAGGCGCGUCGCUUUGUGAGAGCGCGUUUAAAUGCUUCCGUAGAUAUGGAUUUACUUUCACUUGAGGAAAUGGUUGGGGCGGCUGUUCUGAAUACUUGA